GGCCGCGCCGCUCUGGUGCCGGCUCCCGUGCGUAGGCCUAAUCGAUGCCUUUUUUCUGAGUGAGUCGGCGGCUCCCCCACCCACCUCGUCGGCGCUCUCCUCCUCCUCUUCCUCUCUGGUCUCCUCCCUCCUCCGGGCCUGGUUGCAAAUGGCUUCGUUCCCUGAGACCGACUUCCAGAUCUGCCUGCUGUGCAAGGAGAUGUGCGGCUCGCCGGCGCCGCUCUCCUCCAACUCGUCGGCGUCGUCGUCAUCUUCGCAGACGUCCACGUCGUCGGGGGGCGGCGGCGGGGGCCCCGGGGCCGCGGCGCGCCGCCUGCACGUCCUGCCCUGCCUGCACGCCUUCUGCCGCCCGUGCCUCGAGGCGCACCGGCUGCCGGCGGCGGGCGGCGGCGGCGGCGCGCCGGGAGAGCCGCUCAAGCUGCGCUGCCCCGUGUGCGACCAGAAGGUCGUUCUGGCCGAGGCGGCGGGCAUGGAUGCACUGCCCUCGUCCGCCUUCCUGCUCAGCAACCUGCUCGACGCCGUGGUGGCCACGGCCGACGAGCCGCCGCCGAAGAACGGGCGGGCCGGCGCCGCAGCGGGCGCAGGCGGCCACGGAAGCAACCAUCGGCACCACGCGCACCACGCGCACCCGCGCGCGGCCGCCUCGGCGCCGCCGCCGCCGCUCCCUCCCGCGCCGCCGCCGCCUGCGCCGUCCCGCUCGGCGCCUGGCGGCCCCGCAGGCUCCCCGUCGGCGCUGCUGCUGCGCCGGCCCCAUGGCUGCAGCUCCUGCGACGAGGGCAACGCGGCCUCGUCGCGUUGCCUCGACUGCCAGGAGCACCUGUGCGACAACUGCGUCCGCGCGCACCAGCGCGUGCGCCUCACCAAGGACCACUACAUCGAGCGCGGCCCGCCCGGCCCCGCCGCAGCCGCUGCCGCGGCAGCGGCGCAACAGCUCGGGCUCGGGCCGCCCUUCCCAGGCGCUCCCUUCUCCCUCCUCUCCGUCUUCCCGGAGCGCCUCGGCUUCUGCCAGCACCACGACGACGAGGUGCUGCACCUAUACUGCGACACGUGCUCCGUGCCCAUCUGCCGCGAGUGUACGGUGGGCCGGCACGGCGGCCACAGCUUCGUCUACCUCCAGGAGGCGCUGCAGGACUCGCGGGCCCUCACCAUCCAGCUGCUGGCCGACGCCCAGCAAGGCCGCCAGGCCAUCCAGCUGAGCAUCGAGCAGGCCCAGACGGUGGCAGAGCAGGUGGAGAUGAAGGCGAAGGUGGUGCAGUCGGAGGUCAAAGCUGUGACUGCGAGACACAAGAAAGCCCUGGAGGAGCGGGAGUGUGAGCUGCUGUGGAAGGUAGAGAAGAUCCGCCAGGUGAAGGCCAAGUCACUGUACCUGCAGGUGGAGAAGCUGCGGCAGAACCUGAACAAGCUGGAGAGCACCAUCAGCGCCGUCCAGCAGGUCCUGGAGGAGGGCCGGGCGCUGGACAUCCUGCUGGCCCGGGACCGCAUGCUGGCCCAGGUACAGGAGCUCAAGACCGUCCGCAGUCUCCUGCAGCCCCAGGAGGACGACCGGGUCAUGUUCACACCCCCCGACCAGGCCCUGUAUCUUGCCAUCAAGUCCUUCGGCUUCGUCAGCAGCGGGGCCUUCGCGCCGCUCACCAAGGCCACGGGCGAUGGCCUCAAGCGGGCCCUGCAGGGAAAGGUGGCCUCCUUCACCGUCAUCGGCUACGACCAUGACGGGGAGCCACGGCUGUCGGGGGGUGACCUCAUGUCGGCCGUGGUCCUGGGCCCCGAUGGCAACCUGUUUGGUGCGGAGGUGAGCGACCAGCAGAACGGGACAUACGUGGUGAGCUACCGGCCGCAGCUGGAGGGGGAGCAUUUGGUGUCGGUCACCCUGUGCAACCAGCACAUCGAGAACAGCCCCUUCAAGGUGGUAGUCAAGUCUGGCCGCAGCUACGUGGGCAUUGGGCUCCCUGGCCUGAGCUUUGGCAGCGAGGGUGACAGCGACGGCAAGCUCUGCCGCCCAUGGGGCGUGAGCGUGGACAAGGAGGGCUACAUCGUGGUGGCCGACCGCAGCAACAACCGCAUCCAGGUGUUCAAGCCGUGCGGCGCCUUCCACCACAAGUUCGGCACGCUGGGCUCCCGGCCGGGGCAGUUCGACAGGCCUGCCGGGGUGGCCUGUGAUGCCUCCCGCAGGAUCGUGGUGGCCGACAAGGACAAUCAUCGCAUCCAGAUCUUCACCUUCGAGGGCCAGUUCCUCCUCAAGUUCGGGGAGAAGGGCACCAAGAACGGGCAGUUCAACUACCCCUGGGACGUGGCGGUGAAUUCCGAGGGCAAGAUCUUGGUCUCAGACACGCGGAACCACCGCAUCCAGCUGUUCGGGCCCGACGGGGUCUUCCUGAAUAAGUACGGCUUCGAGGGGGCUCUCUGGAAGCACUUUGACUCCCCGCGGGGCGUGGCUUUCAACCACGAGGGCCACUUGGUGGUCACCGACUUCAACAACCACCGGCUCCUGGUCAUCCAUCCGGACUGCCAGUCGGCCCGCUUCCUGGGCUCCGAGGGCACGGGCAACGGGCAGUUCCUGCGGCCGCAGGGCGUGGCUGUGGAUCAGGAGGGGCGCAUCAUCGUGGCCGACUCCAGGAACCACCGAGUGCAGAUGUUCGAGUCCAACGGCAGCUUCCUGUGCAAGUUCGGCGCCCAGGGCAGUGGCUUCGGGCAGAUGGACCGGCCCUCCGGCAUCGCGGUCACGCCGGACGGGAUGAUCGUCGUGGUGGACUUCGGCAACAAUCGAAUCCUCAUCUUCUAAUCACAUUUCCUGGGCUUCUGUGUUUGGGGUGCACGUGUAUCCAUCUCUCCUCUCUGUCUCUUUCCCCCCCUUUUGAAUUUCAAAGAGGAAACUGUCUCAGGGAAAAAAAAUUUUUUUUUUUUUUUUUUUUUGCUUUUGUUUGAAAGACAACAAGAAAAGUACAACAUUGCUUACGUCCUACCUCAUCUUUAUUUUUUUACAGAUGAAUGUACUUAUCUUUUCUGCAGGGAUUGAGCCUGUGAAGUGAUAUCUCUAUCUACCUCAGAAACCUUUUACAUUUCCUUCUCCGACAGGCCCUCUGCCUCCUCCCGCACUCGCUCAGUGGGGGUAUCCCUCCCUCCUUCAUGGGGUGUGACACGCACUAGCAUCUCUGUGGCUGGUGGGGGGCACUGGAUGUGUGCGGUGGGGUGCAUUCUGUAGAUUGAGCCAAGGAAACAUGAGAAAACUACUAAGUGAAAAGAAAAAAACAAAAAAAACUAUAAAACAUGGAAAAAUAGGAUUUAAGAUUCUUAAUUGUAGAGUAUUUGUGUUCUUAAGAAUACUGUGUUUAUGGGGUUAGGUUGUAUUGUGUGAUCUUGAUCUUUCUGGGAAAAAUCUUUUUUUUUUUUUCCUUUUUUUUCUUUAUUUUUUUUUUUAAUGCUGCAACAGAGAACUUUCCUGUGUUCUCCUUUUAUACCUCAGUGUGUUUCUCAUCCUGUUCAACAUCAGCAUGUUUUCUUACUCCUAGAAGAUGUGGCUGUGGCUUGCUAGCCGAGAAAAGCUGACCAUUCCUGUUUUAGGGUAUGCAGUCUUUAUUUCUUCUGAGGGAGGGGGUGUGUGUAUGUGUGUGUGUGUGAGAGAGUGCAACCACCUUACACCAAAAUAGCAAAACUAAAAAUGCUAUACCACCUCCCAAAGAACUUUCCUCUCACACUUUGGUUUCUGAUAAAUAGAUGUAGUUCAGGCUUUUUGAUUAAAAGUAUUCUCAGAAGUUAAGUGAUUUUUCGUUUGCUGUUGGUUAUAGAGAAUACGUUUGAAGGAAGAAGAAAAGUCACCUCUUUCUAAGAAUGAGGAUUUUCAGGCAUGGACUGGAGCGUGGACGCGAGUGGGUGGUGUGCAUGUGCUGAGUCGGUCAGCAGAGAGCGUGAGACACAGGCGAGGGACCCCCAGACUGCGGUUGAUUGUGGUUCUCUGAACACUAGGCAUUUCUCCUCCUAAGAUAAGUAGGCAAAGGAAUCAACUUUUGUUUUAAAAGCACAAUUUUUUUCUGCUUUGGAAGUUCAGGGAGAUGGGAUGUUUGCAAGUGAAGUAGGAACAGCCUGCUCCCACACCCUCUCCUCAGCUCACCUUCACAGAGCAGUCUGCUCCUGAGCCACGGGGGGUGGUUCGUUUUCCCUGCAAAGGCCUUUGAAUGUAAAGGGUUGUAAGCCAAAAUCGCCCCAACCUGAACAACGUAUAGGACAGAAUACCUCUUGUUCAACCAAAGAAGGAAGAUGUAGGAAGCCAGUCUCCCCAGCUGCGGAACCAUGAGAUGGCAUCUGCCACUUUACAGGGUGGGUUUGUCAGGGGUUGGACUGGGGUGCAGAGCCUCGCGCUUCUGAGCCUUGGCCGUCUCGGAAAUAACUAAAGUGAGAACCAAAUUUCAGAGGGGCUCCAGAGAGGGAGGUGCGCCUGGAUGCAGUGUUGAAUAGGAUCUGUCCCCUAACAGAUCGGUGUCUGGCCCUGUACUGAAGAGAAAUUCCUCUUGCAGUAUGGCUAGGGUUUUUAACAAACAGAAUAACAAACGGAACAACUCUUGAAGAAAAGGAGAUGAUGGGAAACAGUGUAGCCAGCCAAUCAAAUAGCUUUUCCCAUCCAGCUUUUUGGGACAUUCACGAUGUUGCGGUCCCCCGUCUCUUCCCAUUGCUUUAGCUCUGGGGUCUCUAAGUGACCAAAAUGGGGAAAACCUCGUUCCAUAAAGGAGAACCACAUGCAAUGAAAGACCCCCAAACUGGAAAGCAGCUUCAAAUUCCCGUCACCCAGAUGCAGUGUUGCUGGGUAGGGAGGUGUCAGGAGACUUUGUUCGGUAAAAGCGCCUCUUCUUUUAUUGAAGAAUUUAAUAGUGAUUCCCUAAUAGUGAAUUCCCCUCUGAUUCCUAUUCGGUUGUCUUUUAUGUUGUCCCUAACUUCUCAGUUCUUUGACUGGUAAAGAGCACAUGUAAUUAAGCUUUUUUUUUUUUUUUUAAUUUUGGAAUAACUUGGUGCUGAUCGUCCUCCUCUUGGUCCUGCUCCCCCAAAUAAUCACCAAAGACAACUGAUUUUAAAUGCUUAAUUUUUCUUUUUUUAGCUGGGGAGGGGGAGUGGAUCUUGAAAAUUCUUUCAAAUGUUCUCUGAAACUCAGGUCGUGAUUAUGGUUAGGCUGAGUUGUUGAAGUCACUACCUUCGGUUAGUCUGUCUUUGGCUUCAUCAUCUUCACUCUCACUUCUGCUUCCCAGUCUCCCCAUUUGUGGGGAAGUAUUGGGACCUGAGUGAGAGAGUAGCAGUAACUAAGGCUGCUUCUUGAAAGUUUAUCUGUGGAUCUGGUUGUGAAUCCAGGGUUUCCACACGUGGCUGAAAUGACCAGAGCUUCAUUAAUCGACUGUCCAGUGUGCAGGCUUAAAGCAAACAGGCCCCCUCCUUGAAACGAGCAUGGAGGGUGGGUGACGCAGCCUCUUCACUCUUUGUAAAAGAUACAUCUCCUUACCUUGCCUGCGCCUGGGAUUGUGCAUCACCACCAUUCGAGAAACAUGCUCACACUUGGGAAGCUUUUGUUUGUAAAACACUGCCAUCUGCGGCUGCUCCCGAUUGACUCCUGACCCACAAGGGAUUGGUGCAAAGCACUCGGGGUGUGCUUCUUGGACAGUGUGGAAUGCUCCGGAUCAAAGAGUCAUGAGAAAGGCUAGCCUUUGGAGCUCCCUAGAACGAGUGAGGCUGUUCACAAUAAGUGUGUACCAGUGCAGGUCUCCCGCCCCUUAGGAGGUGUGACACCAGGGCAGCAGGAAUUGGGUCAGAGCAGGAGUCCUUAACGUGGUGUGAAGAUAGGUUCCUGGGUGCUGUGAGGGAGGAGGAUAAAAUGUUUCUGUUCAGGAAUGUGAUGCUGAGACAGUAAUCCCUGUGUAUGUCCGAUCUGGUCAGGGGAUGGGAUGGGGUCAGUAUAUGGUUUGAGAUGCCAAUUGGAUUUAGAUGUACAGGUUUAAAUAUUGCAAUGGCUAAAGGAAAUCCAAACAACCCACAGAGGCAAACCACUUUUGGUGGACACCAACUUGACAUUUCAAAAGUAUUACUGGUGUUUGGGUUUGUUUUGUGUGGGUGUUUUUUUUUGUUUGUUUGUUUGUUUUUUUGAAUACUGGGUUGGCCAAAAAGUUUGCUGGGGUUUUUCCAUAAGGUGUGAUGGAAAAACCCAAAUGAACUUUUUGGCCAACCUAGUAAUUCCUGUGUGAAUUUGGUCACGAGAAGCAGUACUAUCUCAGCCUGUGCUGUGUGGUGGCUGGCAGGUGGCACUCAAGUUGGCUGGAGCCCAGUGGCCCAGACAGGACCCCAAGUCCACUGACUCUUUGAUUGACAGAACCCUUUUAAGUCUAACUUAAUUUGGGGAAUCACAAGACUAGGGUACCAUAAACAAAAUCUAAAUUACACGCUGGGCCAAAAACAAGUUGCCAGAAUCGAAGGCACUUUGAAAUGCGGUUGUAAGAGAAGACCGUGAGAUUGGCUCCAUCUGCUUUAUUCUAGUUAAGCCAAAGCUUAAUGAUUAGAGGAGGGAAGUCUUACUGCCUUCUGUGUGUCUUCCUCUCUGAAGAUCUUAAGACUGCUGUGUCCUGGUAGAUAGCGAAAGAUAUGCCAAAGUUAUAGGAUGGUUUUGUGUUUUGUUUUUUUCUGUUAAAAAAAGAAAAAAAUCCGAUGGUGCCAAAAAGUAUUUAUUUAAGACAUCACUCUUACUGAGUUUCCAACAGUCUGGGGCUGUAUAAAAAGUCUUAAUACUUGCGUGUGGUGGAAUCGCAGAACCUGGCCCUCCCAAUCUUCUCUGGCUGUUUGCAGGCCGGGACAUAAAACACAGACAGACACAAAAACACACCCACCCACCCACUCCACUCCACACCGUCUGCUUUUGUUUCCUUUCUACCUCACUUUUGGCAAAAAGUCAUCUACCUCACACUGGCAUCUGACGGGGUCUCUGGAUAGUAUUAAUCCACCGGGAGUGGGUGGGAGCAGGGAGCUACCUCGAGAAGAAAAUGCUUUCAUUAAUUCCAGAACUGACUUCUCCCAGGAGAAACUUGGACCAACCUUGAAAAAGAAACCUGGAAACCAAAUCUUCCUAUACUCAUGCAGAACAGAGUCCUUAAACCCAAAUAUUUCUUACCAAUCUGGCUUUUUCCCCCACCAGGAGUUAACAACGCACACCGUUAGCACGUUGCUCAGUGUUCUGAAACCAUGAGUACAUCUGACCUGUUUGAGGACUUAACUGCAAAUGAAGACCUUUAGGUCUUUCUUUUACUUUUUUUCUCUUCAAGAGAAAAAAUAUUUUAUCUGUAUUUUGAAUGUCUACAAAUACAGCCUUUUAGGAGCAAUUCUAAGGGUCUGGUUGUUGAAAACAUCACCUAUUGGAAGGGAAUGAGCAUCCUUUAGACCUCAUGAUUGUAUUUAUACCCUUUCUGGACCCAGCUAGGCAUGCCUCACCAUGACAUUGCAGCAAUCACUGUCUGACUGAGCAGUGAUGGUGAAGGGUGUGUCACUCUUGUUCUGGGUUUGAUUUUCCCCCCCCCCUACCAAAGGUAACACAUUCUUUGAUGGGUUGUUCUUUUCCUUUGCUUGUUGAUUAAAUACUUGAUAAAGUUGAGAAGCACAUUACCAUGGUAGUACUGUAUUGCCUCUCCCCCUCUCUUCCUCCCCUCGCUUCAGUUUUUGUUAUAGUUUGGAAGAGAGGGUCCUGAAGACCACGGUCGUCACUGCGCAUUCGCUUUAAAGAUGUCAUGGUGAAGAAAUACCUCAAUGAUGCCUAUUUUAAAAACUGAUCUUACGGGUUCACAAGCCAGCCUGGUGGGAUGUUUUUCCAUCAUCAUUUAACCAGUAAUGGUUCUAAAAGUUUUGUGUAUCCACAUGGUCGUAGACCUCCUUUUAAUGAUUGUAUUAACUUGCAAGCUCAGGUAGUAUUUUUCUUAAGGCUCUAUCCCAGAGCACACUGACUGAAUGUUAAUGUGUUUACCUUCUUUAAAUAA